AUGAAAUUUCUUUCUCCUAGCGUCGGAAGAUACAACAAAGGGAAGUAAUGCUAUGAGUAUGAGGGCGCUCUGAUAGGUAUAAAAGGGAGGGAAAUUUGAAUUAGGCCAUUCUCAGCUGCGGUGCACCAGCGGUCAUUUUUGAUUAUGGACAGCCCCAGGGUAGUCAACACUGACAGCGACAAGUUAGACGCCAUAUUGAAAAAGUUGGAUCAAUCACAAGCUGAAAUUAGGAAGGCAGUUGAUGAGAAGAUUGAAGGUCUUCGUGAUGAGUUUUAUAAAACAUCCAAAGAAGUACAUAAAUUGAAAGCGGAGAGGGACUAUCAAUGGAAAAAAUAUGGGAACAAAAUUCAGUUUGCCUUUAAUUCCGAAGCUCUGGAAAACUUAGAACAGUUGCGUUUUGCUAUUCAGUAUGAUAAGACUGAUUACGCCUUGGAAUUGAUUAGUCAGGAAGUUUCCAGGUUCCAGACAAGAAACAAACACAUAAAAAUAGCUGAUUCCUCAGAGGGGGGCUGGGAAACAGUGCGUAAUUAUGUGGCUCAUGAAUUGGCGUCAGAUUCUGAUGACGACAAAAGAAUCAACCGAGCGGAAAGCAAAGCGAUUAAGAAAAUCAAGACAAGGGCAUCUCGUUCCGCACGAUUGCAUCCUUACAAGCCAAUCCAGCGUCCUUCCUCGACAGUCACUCAAGCUUCAACGGAUUCUCAUGCUGGUGACCAGUCUAAUAAUUUUCGUGGCCGUGGUCAAAGGUCAGGAGCGUGCUUCAUGUGUGGCGACUUCAACCACUGGAGACGUCAGUGUCCCUUACUUAACAACACAACUCAGCAACGCGGGAAGCUCGACAGAGAGUAGGAUACGUUCCAAGGAAGCAGAACCAGAAGUUGAGUAUACAUUACGUGAUGAUAAUGUAAACGUUGUUGCACCUGGCCUUACAAAUGACUUUUAUGAAUAUGAACAAGAUGGGAUAGAUAUAAUUGUAAAGGGUAGACUGAAAAAUCAUGUUUCGUUUUGGAAAGAAAUAUGUGCUGUUGAUUUUGUUCUAGACAUUAUUGAAUACGGAUACAAAAUACCAUUUUAUUCUACCCCACAAAGAAUGAAUAUAAGGAACAAUAGAUCUGCUAAGGAGAAUUCUGACUUUGUGUCAUCAGCUGUUCAAGAUUUGUUGCGCAGAGGGUUGAUUGCUCAGUGUUCAGAUAAACCUUACGUGGUUAACCCUUUAUCUGUAGCUGUACAACAUUCUGGUAAGAAGCGUCUUAUUUUAGACUUGUCUAGAGUGAAUAAACAUCUGUGGAAAGCCUCAGUUAAGUAUGAGGACUGGAGAACUGCAUUGUUGUACAUAGAAAAGAAUGAUUGGCUAGUGAAAUUCGACAUCCAUUCUGCAUAUCACCAUAUUGAUAUUUACCAAGAACAUACGCAGUUUCUAGGAUUUGCAUGGGGUUCAGGAAAAGACAAGAAGUAUUUUAAAUUUCUUGUCCUCCCUUUUGGUUUGAGUACAGCUCCUUAUGUGUUUACUAAGGUUACCAGACAGUUGGUAAAGUUUUGGCGUUUCCAAGGUUACAAGAUUGUUACUUUUCUAGAUGAUGGGAUCCUUUCAAGUUUUUCCCGAAUGUGAAACGGCAGCUGUUGGCCAACUUGUCAAGCAAGACUUGUUAAAAGCAGGCUUUGUACCAAAAGUAGAAAAGUCCCUAUGGAAGCCAGUUCAAGAGAUCGAAUGGUUAGGUUUUAUCAUAGAUACAAGACAAAUGAAGUUGUCUAUUCCUCAACGGAAAAUAUCUAAGCUUAAGCAAAGUAUAGCAGAACUUUUGUCUUCUACUGUUCCAGUCCCUGUAAAGAGCUUAGCUUCGGUUGUUGGGCAAGUAGUUGCUAUGAAGAUGGUUGUUGGUACUUUGUCUCAGCUAAUGACAAAGUUUCUGAGUAUUCAGACACUCCAGGCUACAUCGUGGAAAGAAACUGUAAUGAUAUCGUACCUGAGUAGAGAUCAGUUACAAUUUUGGGCUUCACAUAUUGACAGACACAGUGAAUGUACUCUAAGCUAUGGAAGUAUUCCUACACGGGUAGUUUACAGUGAUGCUAGUAAUUCCGGUUUUGGUGGGUACUGUGUAGAAGUUGGUCAAGCCAUAUCACAUGGUCAGUGGUCAGCAUUAGAAGCGUCACGGAGUUCCACUUGGAGAGAGUUGAAGGCUGUGUUGUUGGUUAUGAAAAGUUUUGUUUCCAUUUUGGAGUCGCACAAAGUAAAAUGGUUUACUGACAAUCAAAAUGUAGAGUCGAUUUUGUCGAAAGGUAGCAUGAAAGUCGAUCUUCAAGCUUUGGCUCUAGAUAUUUUCAAGCUGUGCAAUGAAUAUAAUAUCAGAGUUGACAUGCAGUGGAUACCAAGGUUAGAAAAUGAGCGUGCUGAUUAUCUGAGUAAGAUAGUCGAUGCAGAUGAUUGGGGUAUCCAGGAUUACGUGUUUCAACGCGUCUCUGCCAAAUGGGGCCCAUUUGAUGUUGACAGAUUUGCGUCAUAUUACAAUACUAAGGUUGUAAGGUUUAACUCAAGAUUUUGGAAUCCAGGAAGUGACGGAGUGGAUGCUUUAUCUAUGUCCUGGGGUGAAGACAAUAACUGGAUAGUGCCUCCUGUGUUUAUGAUCGCACGUGUUCUCAGGCAUAUGAGGGAGUGUCACGCUAAGGGAACUAUCGUCAUUCCUGUAUGGUAUUCAGCCAAUUUCUGGCCUAUAUUGUGUCCUAAUAAGGUAUUUAUACCUCAAGUUAAAGGCUGGAUGUAUCUUCCCACUUGUAAGGAGGCAUAUGUACCAAGCAGACAGUUUGGCGGGUUGUUUGGAGUGAACGAUUUAAACUUCAACAUGAUGGCUUUACGUGUGAUAUUCUGAUGAUGUUGUUUCCGUGUUGCAGGUGUGUUUGAACAUGUAUAUAGAAGUGAGAUACUGACUUUACCUCCAUCUAUGAGGGAGCUCGUAAGACGUCUUCCAGAGCAUUUGUCUUGCUCGAGAGCAAACUCCACAAAUAAAAAACCGAUGACUGGCACUGUUGGGUGGGACGGACAUGUCCAGGCUGGCGAGCCGUUAGAAUACGUGAGUCAUCGGGGGCAUAUGCCACGAGCAAUGCAAGAUGUAAAUGGCGG